AUGUUAGGGCCGCAGGCAAGGCGCUCCGCAACGGCCGCGGCUGAGGGAGGCCCGGGGUUCACUCCACUCGCUCGGCGCCUCGCGGCCGCUUCUCCUUUUCCUCCUCCUCCGCCUCUACCGCCGCCGCGCUCCUCUGCCCCGUCCCUCUCCGCCCAGCCCUGCCUCAGUCCCGGCGGCAGCCGCCGCCUCGGCCCAGCCGCCCGCCCCUCUCAUGUGACCCGCGGAGGGGCGGAGGGGGGAAGGCAGGCCCGGCCGGCCCUGCGCCGCCACCCCCCCCGCCGCCACAGGGUCGCCGGCCACCGCCGUGCUGCCUCCUCCCCUCAGGGGGCGGCAGCUCCCCGGCCGUGCCCCGCGGCGGCGGAGCGGGCCCGGAGAGGGGAGCCUGCCUCCUUCCCGCCUCUCCGCCUUUUUCGGUGUUCCUUCCCCGAAGUCAAAGUAUCUGUGGGAUUUCUUAAGUUCUCAGUAAAGAUCUUCAGUGAGAUACCACGGGAGUUGGGCUAUCAGCAGCCUCCAAAGUCCGUAAAGAUGACAAGAUUAGAGGUAUGCUGGGAGUAUGAUGAGCAAAAGACUCUGAAGGCUGCUACAAAGCUGGUGUGGAUAUACUACAUUGGUUUCAGUCCAGUUUUGACCAGAGGCAUGUCUACUCACAUUCAGUAAUUGGUUGAAUAAUGGGAACUCUUUUUUGAUUUCCUUACGGAGCCCGUUAGCAAAAGUUUAGAUGCAGACUCCACCUCUGAGUUUGGAGUCUGCCUGAUUAAAAUAAUUUCUCCUCCCCUUCUAACAAUCAGUAAUUGUUUAGCACUUCUGUAGUACUUCUUUAAUAACGCCACUGGUAAUAACAGCAAAUUAAAACAAUGUCAUGUAAAAUUCUCCCUGAAUUAUUUAAUUUACUGUUAGUUGGGAUGUCUUCUGUUGCAAGUGGAAAUUGCAAGGAGACACUCUAUUACUACUCUGCUGAUGUGUGUGUCAGUCGCAACACCCUUUAGAAUAACUGGGAGAAACUGAUUGUGGAUUCUUCCUUACCAUAACAAGAAAUUAUUACAACAUAACAAUGUUUGUCAGAUUAAUUUGAAAGCAGAAUUUGUUGUGAUUUAAACUGUGAAAAGAAAAAGAGCUCUGAAAAUAUUUUUUCAUACCCAUUUCUUCUAACAGCCUAAUUUCUUGUAAGGACUUCCUAAUUAAUGUAAUUUUGUGUGACUUCAUUAACUCACCAUUUCAAGAAGAUAGUCCAAUAUAUUUUCUUGAUCAUUAGUAGUAGAUAAAAAUAUUAAGCUUCUAUUGCUUUAACUGCAGCAUCAACAUCAAGCAGCUGAAUUUAAACAAAGUAAUGCAAGAGCGAGCUUAUUGCAGGUGAAGGACCUGUAGUCGAGGGACAAAAAAAUUAAAAUUUAAUACUCCAGGAACAAAACACCAAAGUUACACUUACUUUGCAUAAAAAGCUGUAAUAACCUGGUUAACAAUGACUUUGUGCAGUUCAUGUGAGAAUAUCUAAGAUUAAAAACCAAUAGUAACUAAAGCUAUGUAAAAAUUCUUAGCAAAAGCUGUUAGCAAUUUAAUCAUUCAAAUAAAGUAGCAAAUUACACCAUUUUAUAAACUGGAAUUCCUAGGAGUUUUCUCUAUUUUAGAAGACCAUCCAGUAUGCUGUAACUUUGGACAUUGUGUAUUUUAUUUUGUACUUCUCAGUUGGUAAAUGCUGACUCUUUGUUUCAAUAUAAUACACUCACAUUUUAAGAUUGUUUUUCUACGAGGAGUACAGUAUUUGGAAAGUAUGCAAUGAAUUUCAAAGCACUUCAGGAACAUGGCAUUGUCUCCAUUUGAAUUGCUGGGAAGAUUCACAUUGACUCUACUGUCAGUACACCUGGACUUUUAAUUUGGCCUAACUGUAAGGAUAUUCACAUAAAACACAGAAGUCCAGACCUUGUGGUUUGGUUCACAUAGGGAGACCCUCAUGCUUACAGAGCUCUGAUUAAGUCAACAAGGCUAGACAUCAGUACUGAUCUUGUGUGAUUGGAUUACAGGAUUGAAGCUGUGAUUUGUUCUACUAAAACCACUUUAAGUCACUUAAACAGAUAAAUCCUACUAUCAGAUUUCUUUUCUUAUUGAUUACACUUUUUGAAAU